UUAUUUGACCGCUUCAAUCCUUCUCUAAACCCAAACCCAAAAACACCAAAUCCCUCGCGUUCGUUUCGCAUUUCCAUCUUUCACCACAGCGUCGCCAAAAAUGGCCGUCUCCUCUAGUCCGUGCCCUAAGCUCUUCACAACCGCCGCCGCCUUUGAGUGCCGUUCGGAUCCAUCCGGCACGGACCAGCCGAGUCACGCCCGAUUCUUUUCACGCCGAAUCCGUAACGGCACGGCGUCAACUUCAUUUUUAGGCGGUGGUAUGUCGUCUUUGAUAUUAAAGUUCCCUCCUAACUUUGUCCGCCAGCUCAGCACUAAAGCUCGUCGUAACUGUAGCAAUAUCGGCGUUGCUCAAAUCGUCGCUGCUUCGUGGUCCAACUACUCCUCUGGGGUUCCCUCUGCCGCUGCAAUCUCCGCUGCUGAGCCGGUUGAGUUGAUUUCCGGUGAUGAAGUGGUUAUUGUUAAUGAGAAUAGAAAUGUACAGUUGGAGGAUUUGAGUAGCGAUAUUAAAUAUUCGUCGUUUUUGAGCUCCGAUGGGAGCAUCGCAGUUCAUGCUGGUGAAAGAUUAGGACGCGGUAUAGUUACAGAUGCAAUUACGACUCCAGUGGUUAAUACUUCUGCUUAUUUCUUCAAGAAAACUCAAGAGCUUAUUGAUUUCAAGGAGAAACGGAGUGUAAGUUUUGAAUAUGGCCGUUAUGGAAAUCCAACUACUGUGGUUGCAGAAGAAAAAAUUAGUGCGCUUGAGGGGGCUGAAUCAACUUUGAUUAUGGCAUCUGGGAUGUGUGCUAGUACAGUUAUGCUAUUGGCUUUAGUUCCAGCUGGUGGGCAUAUUGUGACUACUACGGAUUGCUAUAGGAAGACUAGGAUAUUCAUUGAGACUGUUCUUCCUAAAAUGGGGAUCACGGCCACCGUGAUUGACCCUGCAGAUGUGGAAGGUCUGGAAGCUGCACUUGAAAAGAACAAUGUUUCACUCUUCUUUACUGAAUCUCCUACCAAUCCGUUUCUCAGAUGUGUUGAUAUUAAGUUGGUUUCUGAGCUCUGCCACAGAAAAGGAGCAAUAGUCUGCAUAGAUGGUACCUUUGCAACACCUCUUAAUCAGAAGGCCCUUGCUCUUGGUGCUGAUCUUAUCCUGCACUCUGCAACAAAGUUCAUUGGUGGCCAUAAUGAUGUUCUUGCAGGUUGCAUUAGUGGUUCUGCAAAGUUAGUUUCAGAAAUUCGUAAUUUGCAUCAUAUUUUGGGUGGUACUCUCAACCCGAAUGCUGCUUAUCUGAUCAUCCGAGGCAUGAAGACACUGCAUCUUCGUGUACAGCAACAGAAUUCAACAGCAUUGAGGAUGGCCGAAAUUUUAGAGGCACAUCCCAAGGUGAAGCAUGUUUAUUAUCCAGGCUUGCCUAGUCAUCCUGAAUAUCACAUUGCCAAGCGGCAAAUGACUGGCUUUGGUGGUGUAGUGAGUUUUGAGGUGGAUGGAGACUUGAUGACCACCAUAAAAUUCGUGGAUGCAUUGAAAAUCCCAUAUAUUGCCCCAUCUUUCGGUGGCUGUGAAAGCAUUGUGGAUCAGCCAGCUAUAAUGUCUUACUGGGAUCUUACUCAAUCAGAGAGGGAGAAGUAUGGAAUUAAAGAUAACUUGGUUCGGUUCAGCUUUGGAGUUGAAGACUUUGAGGACAUGAAGGCUGAUAUACUUCAAGCCCUGGAGAAUAUAUAGGGUGGUGCAUCAGGACAACUUGGUGGUGUCUAGCUUCAAAGUUAGUGCCUUUGAAAUUGGAAGAAUUGAUAUUCAACUUAUGACAGUCAUCACCUAUCCUUUACUUUGAGUUUUUUUUUUUUUUUUUUGGUUUUCCUGUUCUCAAUUUGUACCUCCCUAUGUGGUGGUUCAAUUGACGUUUAAUCACCAGUUUGCCUGUUUCAGUUUGACAAAUUUCUACUUGAACAAGUAAUAUGUGAUGAAUAACAUUGAACUUCUGUUGUUUA